AUGGUUUCUCUUAAAGACAUCGAACACAACAAUUCCCUUCCGACGGGUCCUUACAGAUUCGAGUAUCUACUUGCGGCGUGUAAACUCGAACAACAGAGAUUGCUGCUGCGGGAGGAAGAUGAUGAUGAUGCUGAUGAUCGUCACUACCAUCAUGCGAUUACUAAUGUUGUUGGACAUCCUAGUACCAUCUGUAAGAACGAUGAGCCCAAACCAGUUUCAAAGGUCAGAAUAGUGGAGGAGAAAAAGGAGAUGAAACUGAAAGGUUCGGUUGAGGGCAACUGCUUGAAAAAAGUGAGAAUGAUCGGAAAGAAGAGUACCAAACCACGAACCACCGGCGGGAAUCCUUCUCCACCCAAACUUCACUCCCUUGAUCAGUCAGCACGGGAAUUGAAUCCUUUUCUGCCGCCCAAACUUUACUCCCAUGACCAGUCAACAUUGGAAUUGAAUCCUUCUCUGCCGCUCGAACUUCACUCCAAUGACCAGUCAGCACUGGAAUUGAAUCCUUCUCUACUGUCCAAACUUCAUGACCAGUCGAGCUGUCCAUGCAGGCUGGAACUGAAUCCUUCUCCAACAAGGAAGAGAUCCAAGAAAGAGGGAGCGGCGGAGAAUAAGCGAAAGCGCGGCGGCGGAAUCAACAUCCAAGAACCACUACCGCCAGGGCUGGCGGAGAAACUCAACAACCUAAUUCCCCACCUGCCCAACCUGCCCAACAAUCAAGAAGCGCUGAAUGCGAAACUGGCGAUUGAAAAAGAACUCAAAGAAACAGACGUAAGCAACCACCAUAACAGGAUGUCUAUUCCGUCGAAGCAUAUACACCAGAAAUUUCUGAACAGAGAGGAAGAGCUUAAGUUGUGUGAACGCAACGAGAAGAACGUGGGUUCCAUCGAUGUCCCGUUGAUAACGCCGACGAUGGAAAUGGUAACGGCGAGCUUGAGACGGUGGCCGAUGAAUAAGCAAAGUGGACCUCCUAGCAUCUCUUACGUGCUAACAAGUACGUGGAACAAAAUCAAACAACAGAAUAAGCUUAGAAGUGGGAUGAAUGUUCAGUUGUGGGCUAUUCGUAUUGAUGGAGUCUUGUGUUUCGCUCUCACUCUCAAGCCUAAAAAAAAAAGGAAAAUAGCCUGGUAUAGAUAG